CGCGUCCAGGUACGACUAUCAACGCUUUGCCGAACGUCCAGCAACGCCUCCAGCAUUCCCACCUCCUCGCUAUGAUGCUCCACCUGCUGUUUCGACUUCCGGUCAAUAUGUCAGAAAACACCAAAUCGAUCCUUAUUGGCUUCGUAAUUCGAUUCUGCUUCCCGGUAAUGGAUACGAGCGCUCACCCUAUCAACUGAUGCAGGAUCGCCUAAAUCAGUCUCAGCAGCAGCACAUGCCACCCCCCAAUUCGGCACAAUACCAACCUCAGUCAAUGCCACCCAUGGACACGUAUCAGAGGUAAAUUGACUAUUCACAGCCACGAGUUUACAUAACUCGACCCCGGACUCCACAAUCAGCUCCGCAAAGUAAUUACAACAGUCUGAGUGUGAACCGGGGAUCUCAGCAACAUUCCACCAGCGGAGGUAGUAGAGGAUCGUAUGUGCCUACUGGAGAUGUAUUGGAGAAUUGCAUGUUUGUUGUGCGUCCGUAUCGGUCUGCUUUUGAUCAUCGCUUUGUGCGACUUCGUCGCAGUCGGAGGUAGACUGAUUCGGACCGGGCUGACAGCCGUAACUGUAGAUUUUAGUUCUACAGCUAAGGUGAGAGGUAUUGUCUAAUUUUCGGUUAAAGGUACAUAAGAU